AUGGUUGAUAGACUGGAAACAACAGGGACCAUAACAAUCAUUCCACCUCAACCACAACCACUACAAAACUCGACCAUUACCAAUGUUUCACCCAAAUCAGAUGUAAACAAAAUUUAUAGUCGAACAAGCACAAUAGACACCUCGGCCACUAGCACCUUUGACAAUAACAAGUUACUAAUAUCAACCGUAUUGUAUAAACGAUCACGCCAUACUCGUCAAUGGAAGAAGAAGUGGGUGGUGUUAAGAAAAUGUCAAUUGAGCUACUAUAAAGAUUCCAAAGAGCACAAGCCAUUGAAAGUUUAUCAUGGUGAGGAUUUAUUAUCGUUUAGUAUUAUUCCUGAUCACACCAAGAACCACUUUGCAUUAUAUACUAGUAACAAAGUAUUACAUUUUAAGGCACCCGAUGAAACCAUUUUCCGUCUGUGGGUUGAUACAUUAAAUGGGUAUUUCAAUAGUCAAGAUAAUGAAGACGAUACACAGCUACUAGAUCAGCAGGAAGAAGAUAGUUUGGAUUGUGAGAAUAAGGAAGAAAAUGGGGAGCCAAGAGGUUCUGAAGCAGAUCGAAAUCCGGAAGAGGAUCGUGACUCUCAAAUUUCAUCACCAGUAUCGCCUCCGUUAAACAGUCAACAAACUUUGCCAAUCCAUUCAAUACAAAAUAAGCAACAGGCCCAAGUAAGGCGAUCAAUUUCUUUAACCGAUUCAAUUAAUACUUCUACUGAGUUUUCUGAUUGCAGCUCCGAAGUAUGGUCUACCAUAGAUUCGCCAAUUACCCCAAGUAAUGCUGUUAAUAUGAACCGUGGAUCUUCUUUGUUCAACGCAUUAGAUGCCCCCAACGAAGAAGAUGAAAGGAGAAAAGCUGAACCUUCUUUGUCUUGCGACGAACCACAAACUAAACUAACUAAAGACAAAUCCAAACUGUCAACACCAGUCACUGAUUUAACUGAAUCAGUUAUAGAACAAGGAUAUAUGACUGUGCUAAAGAAAAAAUAUAAUCGCAACCAUACUAAACGAGUUUACUUAGUUUUAACUAAUAUGAAUUUGACAGUUUACAAGACACGAGAAGAUUAUCAUGCUGAUUUUCAACAACCGAAGCCAUUACUGGAGUUGAUUUACAAGAAUUUCCCAGUCAAUGAUAUUUUAGAUAUUAUAGAAUUAGACCCGAUGAAUUCAAAGUACCAAUGGUGUUUGUUAAUUAUCACUCCACUAAAAAGAAUACGAUUCUGUUGUCGUGAUGAAGAAGAUAUGGUGAAAUGGUUUUCAGCACUCAAAGCGGUGGUGGUUACUCAAAAGAAGAAACAAAAAGAAAUGAGUUGA